AUUUGGUCACCUAUUACGCCGCAGUCGAAGCUAGUAAUAACGGGACGCUCGACAGUCACGAUACAACCUUCCCAACGUUCCAAUUACCACUAGCGACAAGGUAUCAGUCAGUUCAUUCAAUCGUUGGUCUGUGGACUUCAAAUUCGCUGUCGGCAUUGACACGUAUACAGACCGGCCUUGGAUUGACAAAAUAUAGCAUCUGGCAAUGUCUGCCGGUGUUCGGGCACGCAGGCCGGCCACACCACCUCUCGGUCUCUCAAAUGUCACUCCUUCAACCCACAAAUAUCCCCCCUCGCUUUCGCGAACAGACGGCUUAGACGCUGACGCCCGCAGACAAGCUGCUUCGAAAGGUUAUGGACCAGGUCACAAGGGCUAUGCACCAGGUGGACUUAAUAUCACUUCUGGGGAAUGGAAACUGCUCGUAGUCGUGCUUAUAGUCGCAACCAUCGUACGGAUGUUCCGUAUAUCCCAUCCGGAUAGCGUUGUUUUCGAUGAAGUACACUUCGGGAAGUUUGCAGGGCGUUAUAUAAAAACGCGCUAUUUUGUGGAUGUACACCCGCCGCUGGCAAAGCUGUUAAUCACCGCAGCGGCGUUCUUAUUUGGAUUUGACGGAGAGUUUGAUUUCAAGGAGAUUGGAAAAGAGUUUGUCAAUGUACCCUACGUGGCCAUGCGAAUGGUACCCGCAACACUCGGCGUUGCCACCAUUCCAUUGGCAUACCUUACACUACGCGGACUCGAUUGCAAAGCUUCCACAGCACUCCUCGCGUCCCUUUUCCUAACUUUCGAAAAUGGGCUAGUCACUCAGUCUCGGCACAUUCUCCUGGAUUCCCCUCUCGUAUUCUUUACGGCGUUGACCAUCUUCCUGUUUGUGGGAUUCUCCAACGAAGACAACCAUCGACCGUUUUCAGAACAAUGGUGGACCUGGCUGGUGUUGACUGGUCUCUCACUCGGCGCAGUCGUCUCCUGUAAAUGGGUUGGUUUGUUUACCAUUGCAACAGUCGGCGUGUGUACGGUUUUGCGCCUAUGGCUUCUGCUUGGAGAUUCGCGCGUUUCCGUGAAGAAGUGGUCACGGCACUUCUUCGCGAGGGCACUCUGUUUGAUCGCAAUUCCGAUACUGUUCUACAUGACGAUGUUUGAGAUCCACUUUCUGAUCCUCGGCAGCUCUGGUGAUGGGGAUGCGUUUAUGAGUUCUGAGUUCAGACAAACUUUAGGACACGGAAUGCCAGAUACUUACGCAGACGUCGCGAUUGGUUCUCAGAUUACCAUGCGUCACGUUAACACCCAAGGUGGUUAUCUUCAUUCACACUCCCACAACUACCCUGGCGGCAGUGGACAACAACAGAUUACCCUUUAUCCUCACCGCGACGAGAACAAUUUCUGGCUCGUCUUGAAUGCCACUGCCGACAAUUAUCCACAGUAUGACUACGAACACCAACCAAUUGAAUAUAUCAAACAUGGUUCGCGUGUCAGGCUUCGUCACAUCGUCACGGACAAGGCCCUUCACUCUCAUGACGUCCGACCACCAGUCUCGGACGUCGACUUCCAGAAUGAGGUUUCAGGCUAUGGUAUGACGGGCUUCACUGGCGACCUCAACGAUGACUGGGUUGUCGAAAUCGAGAAGGGAGAUAGGCACGACAAAGAAUCUAGCAAGCGGGUGAAGACCUUGCGAACGCAUUUCAAACUACGCCAUUUCAUGACGGGCUGUUACCUCUUCUCUCAUUCAGUCAAGCUUCCUGAGUGGGCCUUUGAUCAACAGGAAGUAACGUGUAAUAAACAAGCUGUCAAAGCCAACUCGCUCUGGUACGUAGAAACCGCUUCGAAGCACCCUCAGCUUCCCCAGAAUGCAGAGAGGGUAAAUUACAAGAUUCCAGGGUUCCUAAGCAAGUUUUGGGAGUUGCAAGAAGUGAUGUGGACGACUAACUCGAAGCUCACUGAUCGCCACGUCUAUGAUUCUCGACCUUGGAGUUGGCCUUUUCUCCGGCGUGGCAUCAACUUUUGGGUCAAGGACCACAGACAGAUAUACCUGAUCGGUAAUCCUUUCGUAUGGUGGUCAAGUACUGCUUCAGUCAUCACAUAUGUGCUUGUCCGCGGUUUCCUCAUCCUUCGAGCAAAGCGAGGGUACAAAGAUCUUGAGAACACCAAACUUGUCAAGUACGAUGUGCUUUGUGGCUUCCUUUUCACGGGCUACGUUCUACACUAUCUCCCCUUCUUCCUCAUGUCCCGCCAGCUCUUCUUACACCACUAUUUCCCCGCUCUCUACUUUGCGAUCCUCCUUACCAGUGCCGUAUUUGACUUUGCAACGUCGACGUUGCGUCCCCGUAUAAGGCUUCAAGUCGCUUGCGUACUGAUCAUAAUAGCGGUGUUGACGUUCGACAAGUUCUCCUCACUUGUGUACGGGAGUCCAUGGACAAGGAGUAAGUGUAAUAAUGCGGUGUGGAUUAAAACCUGGGACUUUGCCUGCCGGGAAUUUUAUGAUGAGGUCACCAGUAUUCAAUCACCAACCUUGAACAAGUCCGUACCUAGUGCUACGAUUGGCGGUGAACCUGGUGGUCGUGCCGCCGUUAUUGUGGAUGAUGUAUUGGACGUGCCUGUGGCGGGUGGAGAGACGAGCACGAUGAUUUCGUUGGGAGGCGCAGAACCAGGGCAGGACGUUUUCGCUCAGGGGGAGAUCAAAGAGGCGAAGAGUUCUCAGCCCCGACCCGAAGUUGUAUCUUCUGAAGAGAACGAGAGAGUGGUGAGUGUCGUCGGCGGGACGGCGGAGGGGACACCGGAGGUCUCGAAUAAGGACUAUACUUCUAGCGCACCGCAACAGGAAGAGUCCUCACUGGAGAAACCUUCAGAACAGGUUAUGCCUGAGAGCGGACACCGCAAAACGGAGGGGCCGUUGGAUCAGGCGGAGGUACUUGCCAAUGAAGCUGCACAUGAGCUGUAUCCGGAAGAAGGUGGUGCGUAGAUAUCGGGUUAGAUUUUGGAGGCUUGUAUAUUUUAAUUUCAAUGAACAACGUCGUCCAGUUUGCUCAGUUGCUCGUGGGUUCUUGAUAGCGAGAUGACAAGUUACAAUUAAUAUUUCCUAACCCUCACCUCGGAAUCUCCACACAGACCCUUACUACCCAUUACACUAUAUCGUUGCUUGUAACCCUCUCUCGUGGUAUUUAGUUGGUCACAAAACUCAAU